AUUUAUGCAAAUUUAAUUAUAUAUACAUAUAUAUAUAUAUAUAUAUAACAUAUAUUAUAUAUUUUUAUAUAUAUAUAUAUACCAACAAUGAUUUCAGAUUUAAUAUCAAGUCAAAAAAGCGAAAUAAAUGAUGUUAAAGAGAAUGAACAAGAAUUUAAAACUAAUUUUUAUAAUCCAUUCGAAGUAAAACAUCGUAGAAGAACAUCGCGUGCUCAAUUUAAAGUGUUGGAAAAGACAUUUUUGGAUAAUCCAAAGCCUAGUGCUCCUAUGCGUCGUUGGCUUGCUCAAAAGCUUGCCAUGUCUCCUCGUGGUGUUCAAGUCUGGUUUCAAAAUCGUAGAGCUAAAGAAAAGAAUAAAAAAUCGAAAAGACAAUCUCCAGAACUAUUAUCAAAUCCAUAUUCAAUGCAAUACACUUCUUCACCUUUACUUUCACCCUGUGCUUGCUCUGAUUGUUCUAUUUUAUCAGCUACACCUAUCAGUCGAACUUUAUCUUAUCCUUCCUUCUAUCAUAGUGAUGCCUCUUCUACUACAGCUGGAGAAGAAGAAAAUUCUUUAUUGCUCAUGAUGCCUAUUGAUCAUGAUAAGCCUCAAUGCAUGUAUGAAUAUACCCCUAUCAUGAAUAAUCAACAAAAGAUGCCAUUUCACCCAGCUACUUCACCUACUCUUUGGUCUUUGAAUGAAGAAGAAGAACCAGCAGGAUUCAUUGAUAAUCGUCGAUACUCUCACUCAGUUAUCGAUCAUAAAUUAGGCCAUUCAACUGAGCUAUUUCGAAGACUUUCUGAACCUAUCUUUAACACAUAUCCAAAUUUUAACCUUCCUUUUAAUUAUUUAACAACAAGACCCACUACCUAUUCGCCCAUGUAGACAUCUUUUGUAAUACACAAAGCUUUCUUUUUUCUUUUUUAUGCAAAUUAUGUAUAUAUGUUCUUCGAUUUCCUUCUAUGCCAUUUUUUUUUUUUAUGUCCUAAAAAAAAAUAAUUUAUGCUUUGAUCGGCCGGUUCUGCUUCUUACUUACUUUCUCUGUGUCUGUCUCUCUCAUUCAUCAAACAAAAAAGAAAAUUACUUUAUCUUCAAC